AUGAACUUUGAAGCAACAUUUAACAACAGAGUACCAGCAGCAGCCAAUUCAUCUCAUUUGGUGCGGACACCACUACGUCCUACAUCUGUUGGCAACCCUCUCUUGCAAGCUCCCAAGCCUUCAGGUAUAGGGUUGCACCCAAAUAGCGUCAUUUUGGAGGCCUGCAAUGCUGUUGUAGGACGUACCAACAAGGCCAUUUCAUUACCAAAUUCCUUCAUUUUGGAGCCCUGCAAUGCUGCUGUCAAAGCCGAGACAUCUGAAACUCCACAUGACACAAGAGAUUCUGACUUCAACCAAUCCCCUAAUCUUGAAAAGAUCAGUAAAGUUAUUCCCAGAAGGAAAAGGAAGAAAAGCUCAGUCAAUAACAAUGGCGAUGAUGCAAAACGUUGCAGCUGCACAAAAUCAAAGUGCUUGAAACUGUAUUGCGAUUGUUUUGCUGCUGGGAUGUAUUGUUCUGAGAAUUGUUCUUGUCAAGGAUGCUUUAACAAGCCAAAAAAUUUACGAACUGUUCUUGAGACGAGGCAUCAAAUUGAAACCAGAGAUCCACUUGCAUUUGCUCCAACAGUUAUUGAGGACCGUAAUGAGAUUCCAGUAAAUAAUGAGAACGGAAGCCUAUCGACUCCAUCCUUGGCUAGACAUAAAAAAGGUUGCAAAUGCAUCAAGUCUAUGUGCUCUAAACAAUAUUGCGAAUGCUUUCAGGUUUAUUACCCAUCUCUAUGUAAUUAG